AUGAGGUUAUACUUUGAUGCUGAGAAGUUUCUAAAACACGACGAUGGCAGUCUUCAAAAACGUAUAUUCAAUGAUAGAAAGUUGACCAAUCCAAAGCACGUUUUCGCGUUGGUGUAUUCCACAACAAAGUACAAAGAGUAUAUUCAGCAAAUCAUUCAAAAGUCCAAGAUACAACGAGACUUGAAACCGAAAAUCAGCAAUGAAUUGUUGGCGUUGUUGGUACACGACUUGGUAUUCAGUCCCAGGGGAAGAAUUGAAAGUGGGAAGCAUCCGAUAAAGGAGGCAGUUUUAGCCCACAAGACAAGAUUGCAGGCAGAGUUUAUCAAGUUGAAAUUAAAGUACAAGGUUAAAUCUGUUGACCAAUUACCGACCAAGGAAAAUGAUGAUGAGACUCCUGUGAGAUGGUUUAGAAUAAACACGGUAAAAAUUGAUCCAGAAAGAUUCUUCAAAAAGCAUCCAUUUUUUGCCACAUUGCAACCGGUGAAUAGAUUUCAAGACUUGGCGGAACCAGGAUUCAUUUAUGCCGAUGACUAUGUUCCCAACUUGUACGGCAUACAUCCAAAGGAAAAGCUUUCACUGACUGAGGCAUACACAUUGGGCGAAGUGAUUAUCCAGGACCGUGCGUCUUGCUUUCCAGCACAUAUUUUAAACCACCAAAGAGAACAUGCCAAAGUAAUUGAUGCUUGUGCAGCUCCUGGGAACAAAACUUCACACGCAGCAUCAUAUCUGCCUGCUGAUUCAGGCUCCGUUGUCUAUGCAGUUGAAAGAGAUCAGAAACGAGUAAAUAUACUCCGUACAAUGAGUGAAAAAGCUCUUGGAAAAAGUAAAAAGAAGUUGAUUCAAGUAUUACAUAAUGACUUCACCAAGAUUGACCCACAAGAUUUUGCCGACGUUACUGGUCUUAUUGUUGAUCCUUCGUGCAGUGGGUCAGGUAUUUUUGGUAGAGCAUCGGAUGAAGAAGAGAGUAACGAUCAAAGACUUGAAAAAUUGGCAUCCUUUCAAGUAAUCAUUAUGAAGCAUGCAUUAUCGUUUCCUGGUGCUCGCAAGGUUGUGUAUUCUACGUGCUCAAUACAUGCUGAGGAAAACGAAAGGGUAGUAAUUGACUUGCUCUCAGAUCAGCGAGUGCAGGACCAAGGUUGGAGAUUAGCGUCGAGGGAAGAGGUGCUUCCGACGUGGCCUAGACGAGGACUUGAACCAGAAUUUGUUGCAUUAUCGAGGGAUGCAGAAGUUUGUAAACAAUUGGCGGGUGGUUGUGUGAGAUCCAAUCCAAAAGAAGAUGGAGGUAUUGGAUUUUUCGCCGCUUGCUUUGUAAAGGAAGCAAAAGCUGGUGCAAAUCGUGUUGAAGAGGAGGCAGAGGAGGCAGAGGGUGGUGAGAAACUAGAGGACGGAGAGGACGGAGAGGACGAAGAGGAGUGGACUGGAUUUGGUUAA